AUGCAGUCCAAAUGGCGUUACCUGUUGAUGUUCCUGGGCAUCCAGUUGGUGGUCAUGGCAUUGCUGUCCCGCGAGGGCUACCACAAGAGGGUCACCUACUUCAUUCGCAUCUUCCGCAAGCCGGACUCCGCCGGCGGCUCGGCCCGGAACCACACGGGACCCGUAAGCGACGUACACGCGAACCUCUCUUCCCCAUCCAAAGCGCAAGGGAACGGCGGAGAGGUUUUCUACUGUCCCAAGACGUCUUCGCUUUUAGGGGGGCCGAUCCACGUCAGCUUUCCGUCGGGUCUCACGCUAGCCGAAGUGCAGCGCAAGAACCCGGCGGUGGAGCGCGGCGGGCGUUACCGACCUCCUAACUGCGAGGCCCGCCACAGCACGGCCGUGGUCAUCCCGCACCGCCUCCGGGAGCACCACCUCAAGUACCUGCUCUACUAUCUGCACCCUUUCUUGCAGCGGCAACAGCUCGACUACGCAAUCUACGUCAUCCACCAGGCGGGAAACUACACUUUCAACAGGGCCAAGCUGAUGAACGUCGGCUUCCGUGAGGCCAUGCGGGAGAAGGACUGGGACUGCCUGUUUUUUCACGACGUGGACCUCAUUCCCGAAGACGACCGCAACUUGUACAUGUGCGACGCUAACCCUAAGCACGCCGCCAUCGCCAUGGACAAGUUUGGCUACAAGCUUCCGUAUCAGAUGUACUUCGGGGGAGUGUCUGCUCUCACGCCUCUCCACUACCUGAAAAUGAAUGGCUUUCCCAACAACUACUGGGGCUGGGGCGGCGAGGACGACGACAUUGGCAUCAGAGUGUCGUUAGCGGGAAUGUCCAUCACGCGACCGUCGUUGAAAGUGGGCCGCUACAAGAUGAUUAAACACAAGCUGGACAAAGGCAACGACGUCAACCCAAAGAGGUUCAACAUGCUGGCCAAGACGCGUCAGACUUGGAAGCAAGACGGCAUGAACACAGUCGAAUAUGAGGUGGUGUCUCGGAAGUACCUCCCGCUCUACACCAACAUCACCGUCAACAUUGGCACCGAGGCUGGGCUGCACCCGCCGCCCGCCAAAGCCACCACCCUGAAAACCGGCAAAUAG